CGGCGAUCAGAAAUAUCAUUUUUCUCCAUAAAUACACUGAACAAGAUAUUUUUAGCUCUACCAAACCUUGGACUCCAUCAUGAGUCUUCCUCAACCUCCUCCAAACCCUCCACACCUUUCUCCGGCAGUUCAACUUAAACUUUAUCAGUCUUUCAUAUUCUCAAUUCCUAUCCUUUUUUCCAUCAUCCUCCUUCUACUUUUUUACUUGUUCUACCUCAAGAGGAGGGCUUCCGCUCUCUCUUUUCCUCCACCAUUAGUACUUCCAACAAGUUCUAAUCCAACCAGUCCAUAUUUUUCCUCACCUUGUUCGGUGGAUUUGAAGGGGUAUAUCAAGGAUAAGCUUCCAGUAAUCUUAUUCGACGAGGAAUUAAGAACAAGGGAGUCACAAUGUUGUGUCUGCCUAGGAGAAUUCGAGAUCAAAGAAGAGUUGGUCCAAAUCCCGUUGUGCCAACAUGUGUUUCAUGUUGAAUGCAUCCAUCUAUGGCUGCACUCAAGCUCAACUUGUCCACUUUGUAGAUGCUUGGUCAUCCCCACCAAACUACACAAUCAUGCUCAGCAAGGUAUCUCUGAACCCCCCCAGCAAGAUAGCACAACUUCCAACCAGCAUGAUCCCCAGACUCAAUCAUCGGAACAACAGCAACAACAACAACAGUCAGAUGAUGUAAACUCAAACAUCACUAAUAUAUCAAGAGAACAGACGAUGAUAACGAUUGAAGGAUCAUCUAGUGUAAGUAUAUGCUUAACAGGCUCCAGCAGAUUACCUGAUGAUUUGACCAUUUGCAGGGAGAAUGAGAUGGCUCAUGAUCAGGAAUCAGUAGUUCUCCAUAUCAGAACCCCAUAAAAGAUGAAGCAACACCAUGCCUUCGUUCCAUGUUGGAAUAAAGUGACUAAUUAUACACGUACAAGUUCUAUAGGCAUAUAGAUGCUGAAAUGCAUGCAUACACAUGCCUUUUAAACAUUCACAUUCUUUUUUCCUAUCAUAUUACCCCACUACUAAUUACUUUUUUGAAGGCGAUUGGUGUUGGUGCCUGGUGGUAGUCAGGAGUGAAGCAGAGGGGGAAGAUCGGCAUAGUUUUGGAUGACCAUAUUUUUAGAUUUGGGUGAUAUGUCUUUUUUUUUUUUGAGAGUUUAGAAAAGAUCAGCACUGCCAUUAAUGUCAUGGCACAAUUAUCUUGAGAUGAUCUAUUUUCUGUAGCAGGCCCCCAAAUAAAUAAAACUGUUGACCGAUGGUCAGGUUGG